CUGCCUAACCCCCACGCUUCUGCGGCAAACAUCAACUGGAAGGCAACGCGGAUCCUAGGCCACUGUGGAACUAUGCCCAUGGCUGAGGUACUGUAUGUACACCAGUUUGGUGGAGUCUUUAGCGGCAACAGCGCUGGAAUGCGGGGAAGAUGCGACUCCACAGGGGUCUAAUUCUAGGCUCGCCCAGCACGCUAGUGGGGUGUUGCGACGGGGCCUUGGUAGUUCGUUGAUGACUUCCAUGGUUGGCGCAUUGCAACGGUUCCUUGAAGAUGUCGUCAGAUGCGUCCCUGCCUUCAGCUGUCGGCCUCGUCCCUUAUCCUAUCCUAGAGCCCUGCAAACACAGUGAACCCGUACUCGCCUGUGGGAAUUUAUUCCUAACUAAUUGCUCUGUUCCCUCCAUCAGAAUCGACUGCAAUGGCGACGCUGCAACCCCGCAACCUCGAAGACGGAUGCUCCGAGACGGCCCCAGAGCAAUUGCAGGAGCUCAGGCAUGACGGCUCCGUUCUGGCCAUUGCUGUGUCGGACAGGUAUAUAUUUGCUGGUACUAGCAAAGGCGAGAUUGUGGUGUGGUCUCUCGGCACAUAUCAGCUGGUUCAAACAAUCCAAGCACACAAGCGCAGCGUCCUCUGCCUCCUCCUCUCCGACGACGACAAAUACCUCUUCUCGAGCGCCUGCGAGCCCAUAAUAGGUGUCUGGUGCCCCAAGUCGUUUGGUCGUCUCUACGAGAUCUACAGUACCUAUGACGUUGGGGACGUCUUUAGCGUCGCCUAUUCCGUACAGCGAGAGACGCUGUAUCUAGGAACCCAGACGCAAGACAUACAAUGGGUCGGCUUGAAAGAUCCAGCAAGGAGGGUCUCGCACGAUUCAGCGAACCAUCCAGAUAAGCGGCAACACCGCUUCUUUGACUCUCGUGCUAUCGGGGGAACAUCGACCCCUCGGCGGACGGAGGAGCACUAUGCGCUCAUCCCAAAGGCGUCAACUGUACUCGAAAUCGACCCCGGGGCCAUUCGCCAAUAUGCGCACUACGGAUGGGUAUUUUGCAUGCAAAUCGCAAAGGGCCCGACCGUGCUUGGCGGCCCAGACGAGGAGUUCUUGGUUUCUGGAGGAGGAGACGGCACCAUCAAGCUCUGGCGGCUUGCCGACCACGGCCCGGACUACGAUGGAGACGAAAGGGUGACAGGUGAUAUCGAGGAGAUGAUGGUGCUGGGCGAUGACAAUAGCGAGUCCGUAAUGUCUCUCGCCAUCGACGGCUCGUUCCUCUACGCAGGCAAGUUACAGGGCAUUAUCGAGCUGUGGGAUCUCGAUACCAAACAGAAGUUGAGGGUUAUCAAGGCUCACGAUGGCGCGGUCAAUUCGCUCAAUAUGAGCUUUGGGCUCCUCUGGAGUGCCGGAACCGGCGGAUCGGCUUCGAAACACAGCACUGUUCAUUACGGCAGGGACAAGAGCGGACUGACAGAGGACGUCAGCCAAAAGUACCAAUGCCUUAGCCGAUGGAAAGCGCAUGACGCGAAGGUCCUGUCUACCGCAGUAGGGGUGUGCCGUGACGAUCAACUCUUCAUCACGGGGGCAAAUGACAAUACUGUACGGGUCUGGCGGGUGAAUGGCAUGCCGACCCAGGCGGAACAAGGAAAUGGCGUAGUUGAGGGCAUGAUGACUGCGUCGCUCCGCGAGUUUGUCUCGUACAAGACUGUCUCCUCCCGGCCCGAGUUCACCGAGGACUGCCGGAAGGGCGCUACGUUUCUUGGCUCGCUAUUCCGGCGGUUGGGCGCCCAGGUGGAAAUGCUGAGUACUGGCGGCCUCCAUAACCCGAUCGUCUUCGCCAAGUUCAGCGGAAAGCUCGAGCCCCCGGAGAAGCGCAAGCGGAUUCUAUUUUAUGGGCACUACGAUGUUGUGCCCGCGGACAUGAAGGGCGACAAUUGGCAGACGGACCCUUUCCAACUGACAGGGCGCGACGGCUACCUCUACGGCCGAGGCGUCACCGACAACAAAGGGCCCAUUAUUGCCGCUUUGUAUGCCGUCUCUGACCUGCUUCAAGCCAAGGUGCUCGACUCUGACAUUAUUUUUGUCAUUGAGGGCGAGGAAGAAUCAGGCUCCCGGGGCUUCCAGGACACCAUUCGCAGGAAUAAAGAGCUAAUCGGCCACAUCGACUACGUGCUGCUGGCCAACAGCUACUGGCUGGACGACCAAGUCCCCUGCCUCACCUACGGCCUACGGGGAGUCCUGCACGCCACGAUCUGCAUCGACUCGAAACUACCAGAUCUGCACUCGGGCGUCGACGGCAGCAACCUGAUCGCGGAGCCCCUCUCCGAGCUGACCCUUCUGCUGAGCAAACUGAAGGAUAGCAAAAACCGCGUGCAGAUCCCCGGCUUCUACGACGGCAUCCUGCCGAUGACGGAGGAGGAAGGACUGCGGUACGAUGACAUUGCGCGCAUCCUCAUUCGGCGCAACCCGGCCAACGGGCCGAUUGACGCGCUCAAGCGCAGUCUGAUGGCCCGCUGGCGCGAGCCCAACCUGACAAUCCACCGCUACAACGUCUCGGGUCCGGACGGCAGCUUGAUCAGCAGCCACGCGACGGCCAACGUCAGCGUGCGGCUGGUGCCCGGGCAGGAGGUGGACCAGGUGAUAGCCUCGCUCGAGGCGUUCCUGCGCGACGAAUAUGCUCGCUUCGGGAGCGAGAACACCCUCACCAUCAGGAUCGAUAACAAGGCGGAACCGUGGCUCGGCGUGCCGGGGAAUUACAUCUUUCGCACCCUCGAGGAGGCGGUCAUGCGGGCAUGGGGGCCGACGACUGGUGCCGAGGGAGAUGGACAUCAUGAUGGGGGCAAAGGGGAUGCGGCUGCGGAAGGAGGGGUCACGUUGCCGGCCAACGGUACCAGCGACGAAACGGCACCCAAGAGUAGGAAGCCGCUUUAUAUACGCGAAGGAGGCUCCAUCCCGCCGAUCCGCUUUCUGGAGAAGGAGUUUAACGCCCCCGCGGCGCACCUCCCGUGCGGCCAGGCCAGUGACGCAGCGCAUCUGGUUAAUGAGCGGUUGAGGGUGCUGAAUUUGCUGAAGAGUAGGGAGAUCUUCAGUACCGUGUUUAGAAAGUUGUAGCGGUGUUUAUGGCGACGGGUUUUAAGUUAUGUUGAAAAAAUAGACCAACGAAUCCAU